ACAGCCUGCUGUGUUCUUUCACCUGGAUGGCUAUUGAAGCCUUGCACCUCUACCUUCUUCUCAUCAGAGUGUUCAACAUUCACAUCAGACACUACAUGGUCAAGUUGUCCCUGAUCGGAUGGGGAGUCCCUGCUGUUAUUGCUGGAGGCUUGCUGUCAGCUAAUAACAUUUAUGGGAUCCAGGAGACGGCAUUAUCUGACACGAAUGCAACAAAUCAGAUUUGCUGGAUCAAAGACACUUCCGUCCUGUAUGGCGUGAACAUUUCCUACUUCUCCAUCAUAUUCCUGUUCAACUUAGGAAUCCUAGUCACGGUGUCCAGACAGAUCUUUAAGCUACGACAUGUGGGCAACAAGCAUAACAAGACGCCAGUUUGGAAGGAUGCUGGCACCGUGCUGGGCCUCAUGUGUCUGCAGGGUACAACAUGGGGUUUGAUCUUCUUCAGCUUUGGAUAUAUCAACUACCCAAUACUCUACCUAUUCUGCAUCUUAAACUCAAUGCAAGGGUUUUACAUCUUUGUGUGGAUGUGUGCUUCAGCGAGGAAAAACAGAGAGCAAUCACCUUAUUCCAAGACUAAAUCCACUCUGGACACCUCCAAAUAAGCUCAUCUCGUGCAGUUUUCUUACUAAAACGACACCUACCACAACAUGAAACCAAAAAAAUUAUUAAGUACAUUUCAUAAUGGGCUGUUCAGUAAAAUUUUUAUUUUAUUAUUUUAGCAUGAGAACUUCCUUUGCAAUAAUAACAGUACAUCCAAAAAAAACCUUACUAAAACCUUAAUCUAUGAUCUAACAUAUCUAAUCUUAAACCUACUUGUCAUAUCUAAUAAAAAUAUUGAAAGCUGUGAUUUGUAAAUAAAAAUGGUAAAUGCGCAGUUGUUCUAUUAUUUGUGUUAAUGAAUUCAAUAAUAAUUAAAU